AUGCCUCUCGACACCUCGACGUACGGGCUCUCCCUCCUCCGGGUCGACGGCCGGCGGUGGAACGAGCUUCGACGGCUGCAGGCCCAGAUCCGCACGCAGGACGCCGCCGACGGCUCGAGCUACCUCGAAAUCGGCCACACCAAGGUCAUGUGUGUCGUCACGGGCCCGACCGAGCCGCAGCGCCGCGGGCCCGCGGGUGGGCAAUCGAAGGACGCCGCCGUCAACGUGAGCAUUGUCGUUGCGGGCUUCAGCUCGGUCGACAGGAGGAAGUACGGCCGGAAUGACAAGCGCAUCUCCGAACUCGAGGCCACCGUUUCCAAGGCCUUUGCGUCGACGCUGCACACGCACCUCUUCCCGCACAGCUCCAUCUACAUCUCCCUGCACGUACUCUCGCAAGAUGGCUCGCUGCUCGCAGCGCUGCUCAACGCGACGACGCUGGCGCUCGUCGAUGCGGGGCAUUCCCCAUGA